CAUCAGCACUACUGUGUCGAUAGCGCUUCAUCUGGAGAUGACUCUUUUUCUUUAUCGACGCCACUCAUUUCUAGUCAAGAUCUAGCGAUGAGAGAUGCGCGUUGAGAAUUCAAUAGUCGCGAGAGCCCCGCGCUCUUCUGGUCGAAAUGUAACUCAUUCGCGGCGGGGAUGUCUGACCUGCAAAAAACGCAAAUUGCGAUGCCCAGAGAACAAACCAAUUUGCAGCCGCUGCUGGGACGAUAACAAAACAUGUAGAUACGAAGUCCAGCUGCAGUGGGAGGAUGAAAGCCGUCAGCGAGGCGUCAAGCAUGGUCGGGCUACUCGGACUUUGGCUCCUUUGAGCACCCAGUCAUGGGUAGAGGCCCCGAUGAAAGGAAAGGUGGAACAUUUUAUCAAUACUACUGUGCAUGACUUGGAGGAUGAAGUAGCCAUUUCGUUGUUCCCUUUCAGGCAUUCCUACACAAUCCUGCGCAGAGCGUCUAGUCCGAGCAUCAUCAUCGAGCCUGCAUUGUUUCCGACUUUGCGCGCGAGUCAAGACGGUCAAUUUUUCGAUUUUUACUUGCAGCGCGUUUGCGAGAACAUGACGCUCGUUGACUAUCAAUACAACGCUUUUCGCCAGAUCAUCCUGCCAUUAUCAUUGAAUGAUGAUCUUGUUAUGGAGACCGUUCUGGCCCUUGGAGCCUUAGCACUGAGCGCUACAGGACAGGAGAACAUUUAUACCGUUGCAUUACGACACAAACAUCGUUCGAUUCGACUACUUCGACAGAAAAUCAGCAAUAUCGAAACAGCUGUGAAUGACUAUAACCUGAUAGCAAUUCUAAUGCUUUGUGUUUUCGACAUAUCUGAUAACUGCCAAACAUCCUGGUCAACACAUUUAUCGGCUGCUAUCGAUUUGAUGCGCCUGCAGACCGAUAAAAGUAAAAUACCAGCGAUAUCACCGGCUGUUUCUGAAUUUGUUUCAAGAUACUUCCUCGUCAGGGACGCCCUUGGUCGCUCAGCCUGUGGGAAGAGGGCGAAGAUUAAGGAGCUCCCUUCGUCACAAUCUGAUGAGAUCGACCCUUCUAUUGGCUGUUCAUAUGAAUUAAUCCAUAUCAUCUCGUCAAUAACAGACGCUUCAAGAGAAAUAACCAUAUCCAACACCAGCCUCAUGGAAUCAAGCGACUGGUUGAAGAAAACCAAUAACAUAGACCACCAGCUCAGAUCCCUCGCCCAACGACUCCCACCUUCCUUUUCACAGAAUCCCACAACUGCUUCUCCCAGCGAAGCGCUCUCACCAUCUGACAUCCUCCUACGAACAUCAGCAUUCAUCCACACCGCAGCCAGACUAUACUUCAUCGCUACCCUUCGACCACAGGAGUGCUCCACAGCUCAAACACAACACCUACUCACCAGCGCUAUAGAAUGCAUCAGACCCCUUUCACCUACUUAUCUCCGCUCAGCGCAUCUAUGGCCGCUUUUCGUCGCUGCCGUGCAUGCCACCGAGGACGAGGACAGAGUAUUCUUCCUGGAUCAGUUCAGCGUGCUUGGAAGACAUGAGUUUUCCAUCGUUGCGGCGGGGUCUAUUGCCCGUGUGCGAGAUAUUGUUGAGACGGUGUGGAAGAGAAGAGAUUUGGCGGAGCCUAGCUCCCAUGUGGAUGAGACUAGGAUACGUAGCGAUUGGGCGAGAUAUGUGCAGCCUAUGAGUGAUCAGUUGAGUCUGGGUUGAUGCUGUACGCUCGUAUAAUGAUGAUGAUAUGUUCAGUUUUGGUUAUAAACGAGUCUGAUGAUGAGAUGUUGCGAGCAACUUUGGCAGAAGGGCAUGGGAUAGCGGAUAGAAUGUGGCUGGUUUCUAUUCUCUCUAUUCGCUCUUUGCUUCUCUCUUGUAUUCUGUUUAUCUCGUGUAAUACUACUUACGGAAGCUUGCCCUUAUUGUGGCCAAAGAUACUGAGAACGCUUCUCCUUUCACAGAUGCUUCAAACAAAAGGAU